AUGUUGCUCUCGAGUGUUGCUCUGGCGGCCUUUGUUGCCACGGCUAAUGCUUUGGACCUUCAAGUCGCUGCUAGUGGUGGUAAUGCUACAUCUCCUCUUCAGUAUGGAUUGAUGUUCGAGCUCAUCCGUAACAGAGCAUUCCAAGGCAGCACUGUGCACCCAUCAAGCCUUCUCGCCUACGGCUCUGUUGGAGGCUCAUCUCUGUCGCUGAAAAACUUGUCUCAGCCCAUCUCCAGCGCUCUACCCACUUCCAUGAAUGUUGCUACUGCCAAUGCCACAAGCAACGAGGUCCAGGACUACACUGGCUCUUUUUGGGUCAAAGGAUCUUAUGCUGGCAAAUUCACCACUUCCUUGAAGUCUGACAUCAACAAUGAGACAUUUGCUACUGCACAGGUUCAAUCGCGCGCCACUCCCAACGAGUGGGUCCAGCACAACUUCACUCUUACCCCUACCUCUGCAGCACCAAACUCGAACAACUCGUUCUACCUCACUUUCGACAAGUCUGGGGUCUCUGGCGGCUCGCUAGACUUCACUUUGAUCAGUCUUUUCCCUCCUACCUACAAGAACAGGCCCAAUGGUCUACGUGUGGACCUCGCUGAGGCCUUGAAGGCGCUGAAUGGAAAGUUCCUGAGAUUCCCUGGAGGCAACAACCUCGAAGGUGAUGAUCCGCCUUACCUUUGGAAGUGGAAUGAGACCAUCGGCCCCCUCAAGGAUAGACCUGGUAGAGCCGGUACUUGGGGCUACGAGAACACAGAUGGAUUGGGUCUUAUUGAGUAUCUGCACUGGUGCGAGGAUCUUGAGCUUGAGCCUAUUCUUGCUGUUUGGGACGGGUUUUACCUAAGCGGUCCGGUCACCCCUCAGGACCAGCUUCAGACCUGGAUUCAGUUUGCUCUUGACGAGCUUGAGUUCUUGAUGGGCUCGACUAGCACCAAGUACGGAGCUCUGAGAGCAUCCUUGGGAUACCCUCAGCCAUUCCAGAUCAACUACGUGGAGAUUGGUAACGAAGAUAACCUUGGUGGCGGCAAUGCCAGUUACUCUGCAUACCGUCUGCCCAUGUUCACCAGCGCCAUCAAGGCAGUCUACCCUGACAUCACCAUCAUCGCGUCUACUCCCACUGUCGACCCCAUUCCUGACCACAUUUCCCUCGACUACCACGAGUACUCCAGACCCGACAACUUUGUCAGAGAGUUCAACUUGUUCGACCACUACAACAGAAGCCACCCUAUCUUGAUCGGUAAGUUUAUUGGCAACAACGCUUCUAUGGCUGCGGUGGACUGGAGUUCAAACAGAGAAAGACUGGCCUUCCCAUCCUGGGAGGGCAGUGUUGCCGAAGCCGUCUUCCUCCUCGGGGCCGAACGCAACUCAGACAUGAUCAUUGGCGCCUCAUACGCACCAACACUGCAGAAUCUGAACAGCUACCAAUGGACUCCCGACAUGAUCAGCUUCACCGCUGACCCCACCAAGGACGUCUUGUCGACUUCAUGGCACAUGCUCAAUCUCAUGGCUAACCAUAUUGUAACUGAGACUCUGCCUACCACUGGCGGCAACUUUGGACCCGCUUACUAUGUGGCUGGAUACAACAACCAGACGGGAUCGCAUAUGCUCAAGACGGCCGUGUACAACGCUACCAGCGACGUCCCUGUCUCAGUGUCGUUCAAGGGUGUGUCUGCAGGCACCAAGGCCACUUUGACAGUUCUGACUGCACCAAGCCACGACAGCUACAAUGCUCCUGGCAAGGCACAGGUCGUUCAGUCGACAAGCACGACCAUCACAGCAUCUGCUGAUGGCACAUUCAAGUUCGAGCUUCCCAACCUCAGUGUCAGUGUGCUGGAAGUGCAGGGCAGAGCAACUUAUUGGGCAGGCUCCUGGGGCGGACAUAGGAGCAGUUGGGGUCACGGUGGAUUUGGCGGAUGGACUCCUAGCUUUGGUAGCUGGGGUUGGAACAACUGGAAGGGUACCGGACACAACAAGAGGGACAUCCCCAAGGGCUACAAGGAGGUUGUCUUCUAG